UUACCGCGCAGCCAGUCUUUCGGUAGCUUGAGAUCGAAAAGCAUGUAGAAAUUUCCAUGCGUUAUUUACAUUUUUCGGUCACGUGCAUUCGAAAACUUACAGAUUUGCUAUAAAUUUAAUCUAAUAACCUAGUUCCUUAAUAAAGUGGAUAAUUUAUAAGUACCCUAAAGGUUUUCAACAAGAACCACUAUCAUGAGAUGAGGGAAAAUUUAGAAAUGGCAAUUCGUACAUCAAUAACGUCAGUACUAAUAUAUAAAAAUAGAAUAAGGAGCCAUUCAAACCUUGAGAUGCCAACUCCUAUUCUGAAGACAACACUGAGAGAUUUGAACCAGGAAAACUUCUUACUCUGCCACAUGGAACCAACUCGAAAACGCUUAUUGUCCUAAACAAGUUGAAUGAUGAAAUACAAUAAUGACUUGCACUUGCAAUCAAAUAUGGUAGCUUCAUAUGCAGCUCAUGACACCAAUUACCAUGACGCCGAAUACCGCGAUAGUGAUUACCGCAAUAGUGCGUACCGUUAUGAAUCGAAAGAGACUUAUACUCCUGCUGCUCGCCCUAAUCCAUGCCAUGGGAUGGUAGUUAAUGCUUCGGGGGAUACUAGUGUUAUUCGUUCGUCGCAAGUUCAACAACGCCCAGCUACACAUGUAGAACGGAACUCUGGGUUAGAAUGGUGUAUAAAUUCUCCUUCAAAUACUGCAAGGAACUCAUUUUUUGUGACUUGGUGCAGACCUACGAUCUUGUUACUGUUUCUAGUACUGCUCGUGGUUAUUUUCGUAUUGGUUUCUGGAAUUCUGCUCUACCAUAACUAUUUAGUGCACAAACCACGACAGACUGCUUCUGUUGAAGAGCCAUGUGAGAAAACUUUCUGUGCUUGGGGAGCCCAGUGCAUAAAUGGUCCUGAUGGUAAGGCCCUAUGUCAAUGCCCUACAUAUUGUAAACCUAAGGUAGAUCUUGUCUGCGGUACUGAUGGCAAGACUUACACUAAUCAAUGUGAACUCCGCUUGGCUUCGUGUAAAGCCCGCCUCAAUACCCGAGUCAAAUAUGCAGGCAGUUGUGAACAAAGUGAUCCCUGUAGAGAUAAGGAAUGUAGUUUUGGUUCGCGCUGCAUGAUAAAUCCCGAUGGGCGAAAUGCUACCUGUGCUUGUCCUGAGAAGUGUCCAAAUUAUGGUGAUCAUACCACUUCUCGAUCUGUUUGUGGUUCUGACGGUGUUAACUACAGAAAUCAAUGUGAAUUACAACGAGCUGCGUGCUCCAGUCAAACCAACAUAACUAUCAAAUUUUACGGAAAAUGCGAUCCAUGUGCAGGCGUUCAAUGCACCGAACCUGAAGUGUGCCAGUUAGAUGAACACCGCAACCCGCUAUGUCGAUGUGGAGAUCCUUGUGCCUUGGAAUUUACUCCAGUGUGCGGCUCAGACGGAAAAACGUAUUCAAAUGAAUGUAUUUUGCGACAGGAGGCUUGCCGAUCUAGAAAGCCGUUGAAUAUUAUUUACCGAGGAAAAUGCAGCUCAGGAAUAAAUCCAUGUAUGAGUGUUCGCUGUAAUCAGGGCGAGGAGUGCAUUAUCAACAAAUUUGGAAUAGCACACUGUGAAUGUCCCGACAGGUGCGAGCCAAUUAUGAGGCCCGUCUGCUCCAAAGAUGGAAGGACCUACACUUCGGAAUGCGAACUGAGAAAAGCGGCUUGCGUUACUCAAGCAAAUAUUGAGAUAGCUUAUACAGGAAUAUGCGGUAAAAAUGGUCCUUGUAGUGAACAUGAAUGUCAAUUUGGAGGUACUUGUGUGGAAAAGGUCGGAACAGCACACUGUGAAUGUCCAGCUUGUCCCGCAGAAUUCGAACCAAUUUGCGGUUCCGACGGAAUUUCCUACAGCAAUGAAUGCAAGCUUAGAUUGGAAGCUUGUAAGCACAGGAGAAAUAUCAGUGUCCUUUAUAAAGGUCCUUGCAACGGUUGUGAGAGUAAAAAAUGUGAUUUCUACUCAGAAUGUGAAAGUGAUGGAACAGCCGAAGGACGUUGCGUGUGUCCAAAAUCAUGUUCUGACCCUAAGUGGAACAAUGGAACAGUUUGUGGAACAGAUGGAAUAACUUACGCAAGUGAAUGUGAACUUCGACUCGCUUCGUGUAGAACAAUGCAGUUCAUAAUAUUGGCUUACAAAGGAAAUUGUGAUUUAUGCCAAGGCGUAGAAUGUAAGUAUGGCGGAAAAUGUGAAGCAGGUGAAUGUGUCUGUCCAACAGAUUGCGAAGACGCAGGAGAAGAACCAGUUUGUGCAUCGGAUAUGAUAACAUACCGCAAUGAAUGUGAACUCCAAAAAGUAAGGUGUUCCAGAGGACCUUUAGCAGUUAUUUUCUACGGUGAUUGCAGAGAAAGAUUCCCUUCUGCUGCCAACACUUUGAGUACAACCUUCCCUAACAUCACGAUACAAAUUAACCAAAUGACAGGUAAUGAAUUUGAUACGGCAGUAUCUCGACUUCCAGACAACUCAAUCGUAGAUAGCACUAACACGGAAAAGGAAGCUUGCAAGGAUAUAUUAUGUGACUUCGAAGCAACUUGCGAAUUAGGUCCCGAUAACUUUCCACGCUGCACCUGCCAAUUUAACUGCAUAAAUGUAUUUACGAGUCCAGUUUGCGCAUCUGAUCUUAGAAUUUAUCCAUCUCUCUGCGAUAUGAAGAUGGAAGCGUGCCAAAGACAAGAGGAUUUGAGGCUUAGACCUUUAGAUCUCUGUCAAGGAAUGGAGGUAAAACCAUGCAAGGGAGAAAAACCACUAACGGACUCUAUUACAGAAAGAGAAUUAGACUGCGGAAAUGGUCCAUUUAGACAAGACUGUCCUGUAGGAAGCUACUGCCAUCAAACAGCCAAAUUUGCUAAGUGCUGUCGAAAAAGUGAAGCUGUAGUGGAGAAAAAAGGUUGUGGGGAAAGUUGGUUUGGUUGCUGUCCAGAUGGAAAAACUACUGCUCAAGGACCGAAUUUUGGAGGUUGUCCAUCUAUUUGUGACUGCAACAAACUAGGAUCGUAUUCAGAUACUUGCGACGUAGAAACUCAGCAAUGCAGAUGUCGUCCUGGAGUUGGAGGUGGAAAAUGUGAUAGAUGCGAACCAGGAUUUUGGGGACUACCGAAGAUAUCUGCAGGCUACCGUGGAUGUAUACCAUGCGGCUGCUCCACUUUUGGUUCAGUGAGAGAUGACUGCGAACAAAUGACAGGUCGUUGUGUUUGUAAACCAGGUGUACAGGGUCAAAAAUGUACAAUAUGCACAAAUCACAAUAAAUAUUUAGGGCCGAAUGGAUGUGUAUCAGCAUCUGAUUUAGCAUCGUCUUCUAACCCUUCUACAUGUGCCGAAAGAAGUUGUUACUUUGGUGCCACCUGUGUAGAAAAAGACGGACUUUCAUUAUGUGAAUGUCAUUUAAAUUGCAGUAAUGUAAAAGAAACACAAAUUGUUUGCGGCAGUGAUGGCAAGACUUACGGUUCUAUUUGUGAUUUACGCCUAGCAGCUUGUCGCCUUCAAAAGGACAUAGUUCUAAAAGCAUUUGGAUCUUGUAACGAAGAGAUACAAAGCACUGACUGGCCGUAUAGUGGGGUAAACUCCCAACAAUUUACGCAAUCUGACGAAAUAAGUUCCCCUCUAUCGAAAUCGACACGUCAUCUACUUGUACCAGAUCCUCGCUACUACUAUGAAAGAAGCAGUAACGUUCGGCCUGUUUCAUUUCCAGACACAGAUUUCAUUGGAAGCAACCCUGGAUCCAAUAUUUUAUACCGUUAUCGAGGUAAUGAAUUUUCUCCUGCCUACCGUCCAACCCCUGCUACAGUUCAGGUGCUAACUGCCUUAUUAGGCGACCUAUGUUCAGACAAUACGGAUUGUAUUAUUUCAAAUAGUCACUGUGUCAAAGGUGCUUGUAUCUGCUUUCCCAGUUAUGUGGAAUCUACAGAUCGCCAAGAAUGUCUGGCUAAUUCUGAUAACCUGGACGAAUUUAGAGCCUGUAGUAGCUUACCUUGUAACAAUGACGGUACCUGCAUUGAUUUACCAGCAUCAACUUACGCAUGCGUUUGUACAACUAAUUUUACAGGUUUAUUAUGUGAAACCGAAAUUUCACAAAUUCAAUACGAAGUACCAGCAUUCCACGGUAAAUCCUAUGCAAGACUAAGACCUCUUAAAGCUUAUCAUAAACUUAGUAUAGAAGUAGAAUUUCAAUCCUAUACAGAUACUGGUAUUUUACUUUACAACCAGCAAAAAGCAGAUGGCAUGGGAGACUUUGUCUCACUAGCAAUUAUAAACAGUUAUCUAGAAUUUAAGUACAAUUUAGGGAAUGGUGCUGUAGUGAUAAGAUCUGUUGACAAAAUUCAGAUAGGGAACACUCACAGGGUAAUUAUAAAAAGAUACCAUAGAGACGGAUUAUUGAAACUCGACGAUUCCGAGGAAAUUACUGGUCAAUCCAGUGGUUCUCUUAAAGCAUUAGAUUUAUUGGAAGAUGCUUUCAUUGGAUACGUACCAACAAAUCACACAAGGGUUUACGAGAAUAUAGGUACAUCUAAAGGAUUUCAGGGUUGUAUUAAAAGGUUUAAGAUUGGUAGACAGGAUGUAGAAAUACAUAUAAGACAAGAAGACUGGAUUUUAGAAGUGAACGGGGUUUAUGAUUGCAGUAAACAUGCUUGUAAAAUGUUACCAUGCGAAAAUCAUGGAAAAUGUAUAAAAUUAGAUAGGUUGUUUAAAUGUGAAUGCCAAGCAUCUUAUAGUGGUGAAUUUUGUGAAAACUCAUGCUUAGAAGGUAAAUGCCAUUUCAAGACAGAAUGUAACCAUGGAAACUAUGGAACAUCGUGCCAAGAAGAGUUCAAGAGUCUUCGUGGGCUUACACCAGAAUUCAAUGGAAACAGUUUUAUCCAGCUUCCAAGACUGGAGGGUAUAAAAAAAAGAUUUUCUAUUGAAGUCACGUUUAUGACUACUGCCUCUAGUGGUCUCAUUCUCUACAAUGGCCAGAUGAAGAAUGGGAGAGGCGAUUUCAUUUCUUUAAAUAUUGCCCGUGGAUAUUUGCAGUUUAGAUUCAACUUGGGAAGUGGUAUAGCUAAUUUAACAAGUUCGACCAGUAUUUCAUUCAAUAAAUGGUAUAAAAUUAGAAUAUCUCGAGAAGGCCGUGAAGGUAUGUUACAAAUAGAUAAUUCAACAGUGAUUCGUGGAUAUUCUGGUAUACCAUUAACAGAAUUGAAUUUAGAUACUCCCUUAUAUAUUGGUUCAUUACCUAAUUGGAAACAAAUACAUAGACUUUCUGGAGCUUCAAAAGGCUUCAAAGGUGUUAUUCAAAGAAUUACAUUCAAUGGACUUCCUUUGCCAAUUUCCAAACUUUUCCCAGAUUGCGGAACAGUAAUAUCUCAUAACAAUUCAAGCUGUAGUUCUAAUAUUGGAUUUUACGAUGGAGCGCCCUGUCCAAUGGUUGAAAAUCCAUGUUUCAAUAAUGGUAUUUGCAUACCCAAUAUGGAUAACUAUACCUGCCGUUGUACUGGAAAUUACAAAGGAAAAUAUUGUGAAACAAUUAAUGAAGAAACCUUGUCUUUGAAAUUCAACGGUGCUACUUAUCUUCAAUAUAGAAACAGAGGUUAUAAAAGCGAAAAUAUAACGAAUUUCACUGACAAUAAUGAUGAACCCCACAACAAAACUGUGGAAGAUGAUGAUUUCGAUGAUGGCAACAAUUUAUUUGAUGAAGAAAACUAUUAUUAUGAUGCAGAAGACUUAGAAAUUCUAAGGAAACCAGAACGAGGUAACAGAUAUGAAUUAAAAAUACGCACAUUUAUGUCUGAUGGUUUAAUUUUAUGGAGAAGCAAAAAUAGAAAUCAGCUUCAAAAUUACAUAUCAAUUGCUGUAGUAGAUGGAUAUCCAGAACUUAGUUUUAAUUUGGGUCAUGAUGAACCAUUUUGGGCAAUAAGGUCCAGAACUAAGAUAGAUGAUGGCCAGUGGCAUUCAAUCCAAGUAAGAAGAAGAAAACGAAUGGGCUUCAUUUCUGUUGAUGGAUAUGAUAUAAAUAAAGGAGUAGCUAAAGCUGGAGCUAUAUCUCUGAGAACUAAUUCGAAACUAUGGUUGGGUGGCUCUUCAGUACUACCAGCUGGUCUCCCAACCUCAUAUUACAAAGGAUUUGAUGGCUGCAUCCAAAAAGUUCUAAUCCACGGCAAACCUCUAGACUUAUUAGCAGAUAAUGAUAUAAGUAAAAUUAAUUUUUGCCAUGGUAAUGAAAUAUAGAUAUAAUCUCAAACAUCUUUUUACAAAGUCUUUGUAUAACUAAAGAUUUCAAACUAUGAGACUGAUAUUUUACUAUUAUUUCUGAAAUAUUGACUUCAACUCACUGAAAAAGGUUACGCAAAAGUAAAAUAUACAGAAAAGCUUUGAAAAUCUUCCCAGUACCAACAAUUAAAUGAGUCUUGAAUUUUUUUGUAUAUUUUACCAUAUAAAUGUCUACAAUCGAUUAUUUAUUAGAUAAAUUAAUAGAUCAAUAAUCAUUUCAUAAAAAGAAUCAAUGUACUAUUAGUUCAAAAAAUAAUUACAAUCGAUUUAUUAUUCCUACCAUAUUAUAUUACUUGCUGCCUCCAAAGUGAUUUCUUUCAUUAAGAAUAUUUCACCAAAUUUUUUAAAUCCAAUCUUGGAAAGAUUUUUUGAAUUUCUCAUAAUACCAUAAUUUGUUCGUUAGUUUUGGAUUCUCGAUUUUCUUUUAUAAAAUUUCUCGGGCUGCCUUUACUCUUAAUGGGAGUCCCAUUUUCGUUUUCUUUUUAUACUUAUUUAUAUACUAUUCGAACAUUUGUUUCAUUAUCCUCGUCUUCUUCCAAUUUUUUUUUAAUUCAUUCAAUUCGCAUUUUCGUUUUUAUAUUUUUAUACCUAAUUUUUCACUUGCCAGUAUAUCCUGCACCUUUUCUCAACAAUUUCUCUAUCUCAUUGGCUUAUUGAUGUACAUAACAAUGUAUUAUUCCCAAUUUUGCAUUUAAUUUAAAAUAUUUAUAUACUUUUUAUUCUACUCUUUCAGUACUCCUUGCAUUGGGAGACCAAAUUUACUUCACUGGUAUCAAAUCUAAGUGCCAAUUCAGCUUUUCAAUUAUUCUUAUCAGUGUAUUUAUCCUGGAAUAUAGAUCAUGUUAGCUGAUCUAAGUGUCAAUAACCAAACCAUUGUAUUGUUCUACAAUUUCACACAGACCAGAGUUAUAAAAAUUAUUUCAAACGUCACCAGACCUUAGUUACAUAGCAAGAAAAAUAAUCUGUUUUUUAAGUAAUACUAGUUAAAUUGUAGUUUUCCGAAUUCCACAUUUAUUCUGUUCUAGAAUUGGAACAAAUUUUUCCAUAUGGUAGGUUUUCUCGAUUUGAUAAUUGACAUACCUGUAACUAUAAAUAUUUUCAGUAAUAUGGCGUUUAUGUAUAAGUUACAUAAAAUGGUGUUUCAUUCCAAUAAUAUAAUUCAGAAACACUGUGGGUGAUGAUCUUUACUAGAUGUGUUAAUAAAACAAAUUAGUAGAUAUAAGUUUGUAACAAUGAUACGUAUUUAUAUUUUCUAGUUUUUGAUGGUAUUAUAUUUAACGUACAAAUAUUUUUCAUGAAAUCAAGUAUUAACUCAUCUUACAAACUGUAAAAUACAUGUUACGUUGUACAUAUUUAAAAUUAAAGAAUAGAAUAUAAUUCUGUCAGUUCCACUGUCCUGUUGCGAUAAAAAUUGAAUAUACAGCUACAGUUUUCAAACUUAGUACUCAGUAGUCCAGAACUGAUGUAUUUAUAUUUUAUUUUCUUUUGAAGAAUUGUGUAAAAAUUAUAGAAUUCUUUUAAAAUUUUACGUUUGUAUUUAUAAAAUUCCUCUUAAGAAUAUAACUACAAAUAAGAGCUUUACUUCAAAUGAAGUACCAAAAAAUGGGUUAAUUUAUUCGCCUCAUUAGUAUCUCAGACCACUUUCAUAUUCUAUAACUAAGUACUCACUGAUUUUCCUACUUUAACUAAACAACUGCUGACGUUUUCAUUUGACUUUAUUACUGAAGAAUAUUAGGGCGAUGAUAAAUACUUCUUCAUAGCUACCUUAACAUAAUGAUUAGUAAAAUACAUAUUCAAAAUCAAAGCAAUACUAUCGGAUAUAUGUCGUUAAUGUUAAUAUUUUUUUAUCGAAAAAGUUUUUUUCCAAACACUACUUCAGAUAUUUCCAAGUUCACCUAUUUAAACCUGCCUGGAAGAAAUAUACUGAAAAGUAUCUCCGUUUCCAGAAUAUCUGUAAAAUUGAUAUUAAUUAUUUUCCUUAUGUACGAAAUUAUAGAAUAACGUAACUAUAGACAAUAACAUCAAUUAAAUACCAAAAAGAAUGUUAUCAAUGGAAUUGAGAUCAAUUAAUUCCAUUCUAUUAACAUUGCUCAACAUUUAAAAUUAAAUAUUCUUUAAGUAAAGCUCUUGUGUGGUUGUAAAUAAUUUUUUUUACUUGAAUAUAUUUUAUCAAAAUUACGGUUUACUACAUGCUGUUUAUAUCUAGUCCUUCUAUUAUUAUUUACACUUUUGAUAGUAUUUUUUAUGUUAUAGUGCCAUAAUUUCUAGUAAAACAAACUGAAUUAUGUUGGAUACCAACAAUGUCAGUAUUUAUAUAAGCAAACCGAUAUUUUCAGUAUUUCCUCAAUUGAUGUUAAGUAUUAUACUUCCCAAACUUCUAUACAUAUUCAAUAAUGAUUUUACUACUUUAAAACAUGAGCAAAUACGAAAAAUCCAUCAUAUCUCGUAGUUUCUUUUGAAUAAUAGUGAGUUGAUCGCUAAUUUCAUCAGCAAAAGAGUGUCAUUAAAUGAAAUCUAAUUACAAAAUAUAUUUAUAUGUAUUGUAUAUCAUAUAUUCAUUUCUUAUUAGAUCGUCUUUAUUUAAGAUCUCUAUUGAUAGAAAAUAAGUUUUGAAACGCUUUACAACUUAUUUCGGUCUUUAUCAAAAUAUGACUUGGCAGGACAAUUUGUGUACCUAAUUAUAUUAAUCAAUAGAUCACCUACUAUAUGAAUACCAAAAUAAAAAUCCGCUCUAAUGAGAAAAAUUAAUUUUCCCUUAGUUGUUACAUUUCAAAAACUGUGUACCAGCUAUCAACUAAAUUAUUCGUUGCAUUGAAAUUCAUAAAAUGAAACUAUACAUUUUACCAAAUUGUUCAUAUCUUUUUUUGUCAUUGACAACUUUUUUCUCGUUUAGCAGAAUGUUCAUAAAUCAUGUUUUUCAAUACAAAUUAUAUAAUAGUUCCAGCUAGCAAUCGCAUUGACACUUUCUUGGCAGCUUAAAAAUACUAUAAAUUCCACACAAAAGUUCUAAUAAUCCUAAUAUUGAAUAAGAACUUUUUCCAAGUUCAGUUCUUAAAGGUUUCAUUUCAAUUUGGCGGUUCAUUGAAAGAUUCCAAGCCGCUAAUAACUUCAUUUGUUAUAUCUGUAAGAAACAUUAUUUCUUCUGUUGUUAAAAUCCGUUAUUAUCGAAAAUAGUGAAAAAUUCUUCAACUCUGGAAGCGAUAAAUAUAUUGGAGCCAAACGUUAACUUAGUAGUUAUAAAAUAAUGUUUAAUAUGGAAAAUUACAUCUUUUACUUUAUUAAAAUAGAAGGUUUGCAAAUCUGUCUCUUGCUUAUCAAGCAACGAAUAUACUUUUAGCAUACCGUUAUGGGCGAGCUCACUUGCGGUCGAACUAGUUAGUGGGGUAGUGAUGAUGAUAUGCUAGAUAUGCUAUUCAAUAUCUACUACUUGCUUAGUAGUCAAAUAGCUAGCAAAUGGAAGCUACCUUUUGGUUUUUUGUUUUGUUGUUAGGUCCAUCCCUCAGUAACCAGCUCUAUGCACUGUCCAAUCUCUCCUGAAAAACGCCUUCCCAUUAACUAAAUACACUGACAUUCUUUCAAUUAGGAAAGACCAAGAGUUGAGACAAAUAAGUCCGAUAUACUCACUGCUAGUUCACAACUAUACUUUUCUAGCUACCAGAAAUCGACGUUGGGACAAAAAAUAAUCUGUGUUACAGUUUCAAAUUUUCUAUUUCCAAUAUCAAAUUUAUCUUGUUCUAGGUCCAGUUCCUCUAAAGUCUUCAUUGGACCAUACCCGGCAUUUGUGGGAAGAUUCUCAGUAAAUUUUUUCCUCUUAUAUAUCUCAAUAUUCAGAUAUUAUGUAUGACUAUUCUUUUUUUUUAAUUAUAUCAUAUGCAGUUUUUUCUGCGGUGACGAAAUAUUUAUCAACUCAUAUUUUCAAGAUAUUAUUAUAAACAUAAUUUUUAGUGAAUAUUGACAAGAAUUUAUAUCUCAAAUAGUCAUAUGGAGUGUAACAAUACUUUCUUAUCAAUCUGAUGUAAACUGUUAUGAAUUAAAAUAAUCGCACAAGCUCACUAAUAACACUGUAGAAUAAUCAAUUCCUUUCACGUGAAAUAAUGUUUAUUCUAUUAUUCUAGCGUCAAGCUUUUCCGUGGAAAUCAAGUAGCUAUCAAGAAUAAAGAUAUAUGACAAUUUUUUUAAUUGAAAUUUCUAAAACCAUUGGUGAUAUUCAUAUUAAGCCCACCGUUUACUAUUACUACGCUUACACCCUCUGUUUUUCAUUUCAUAUAUGAACUGAACAACCAAACAUAAAAAUUUUAAAAUGAGUUUACGUUCUCAAAUUUUUCUCAAUUCCAUGAAGAAAUCAAAAGAUAGUGAAUAUAAUUUGUUUGAUACUCCUAGUAACAGCUUGCAGCUCUCUCCAUACAUGGUGAUGUUAAGUCUAGGUCUAGACACUAUUUCUUUCCAUUUUAUUUUUUAAUUGUAAGUAAUAUAACAAAAUUAAUCGCAUAUAGUUCAUACAGUAAAAAAACUGCUGUACAUAAUUCAGCGAGUAUGAGGUCAAAUUUAAAUAACGAUACCACAUAUAUAAUAAUAGUAUUAACAAUAAAAAAAAAUACAAACCAGAAAGUUUAUGAUGUGAAAAUGUUUUAUUACUAGUUUCAGUUAAGAAAUACAAUAACUAUAUAUGUACAUAUUUCAGUUAUCAAUAUAAGAAUUUAUUUUUUUUGAGCACAUUUCAUGUAAUUUGAGCUGCAAGUGAAGCAUUAUGAACAACUACAGGGUUUUAUUGAGCAUUUUCCAUAUAAACUCAACUUUCGUACAGCUCUUAGGGGUAGUGUUAGUCCAUUAUUUUCAUAUUCUGGCCGAAAAUAGUGAAGCAACUAUUGAAUUUUUCUGGCAUUGAAUUAUUAAAUAUAUUCUCAACUAAUUUUUCUUAAAAUUUUAAGCGAAAUUAAGAAACCGCCAAUUUAACAACGUUAUAAAAUUGUCAACUUAUAAAUCCAACUGUCUACUGUCAGUUGUACAUAGAUUUUCAAAUGAAACAAUCAAGCUAUUAAUAUUUCAACUACCGUUAAUUUUCAAUUAGAUAUCUGUAAUAUCUGUGAUUUUAUAACCUACUGAAAUGGUAAGGAAAUUAUAACAUUUAUUAAGCACUUGAACAAACUGAUGUGUUUUUGAUAUUAUAGAAAGUGAACGGUUGAUUGUUAUAUGUAAAGUGCACUUUCAUUACUAGUGCAAUAAUUUUUGUUGUAUGAAUUACAGUACAUAUGUAUGUAGCAUAUUCUAAAUCGCAUGAAGUUAUAAUAGUUGAACAAAAUAAUGAUUUAUCGUUGCAGUCGUGAAUAAACAUUUUUAUCAUUGUUACAUGAAUUCAUAUUUCGGAAACAGAAUUUUAUAGUUAGUUUAAACUAAGAACUAAUUUAUAAACAACUCAUAUGAAAUGUGUAUGAUUUCAGUGUUGAGUAUUUGUUAGUCUAGCUCAGGCAACUGCUAAUAUCAUCUUCCAUCUCUAAAAAUACAAACGUUUCAAAGCAAUAAAUAUACAGGGCAGUUAAUUUGACAUAAUAAAGUAUUCUAUAUUUUAAGAAAGCGGAAAAAUAACAAAUCACAAUUUCAUGAACAUUGUAGAAAGUCUUUAUUAAAGAUAUAAGUGCAGAAAUUUGUUAUUUUACUAGAACUUUAGUAGGUACACCGCAAUUCUUGACCGAAAAGCGGAUUGUUUUCACAUUAUAAAAAAUAUCAUAACACCAUAUCAUACAUUUACAACUACUUCAUAAGUGAUCGUCACUCAAGAAAUACUUAAUUUGUAAAAAUCAUAAAAAUACAAAUGUAAAAAAACUUGAUACCCUUAAUGAAUGAAAUAAUAAAUCUAUUCAAUAUACUUCCAAUUUCAAUUUAUGGCCUUAUAUAUUUUGCCUAUAUUUCUAGGUUUUUUGAGUGAAUUAGACAAAUGAAUUAAUGCUGAACCCUCCAUAAGAAAUUAAGUGUUAUAUGUGUGAAAAUCGAAUUAUCAUAUUUUGAAUUUAAUGUUUCUUACCUAAUACUUAGUGUGAAAAGUAAAAAUUUGUGAAAUACCUUCUGAUAAUUAAGUAUGUAUAUAGCUUAAUAGUUAACAAUUUGAUAUGUUGUUAAGUUUUAGAAAAAUGUAGGAUAGUUAGUUGAAUUAACCUAUAACAUGCAAAAAAAAUAUUAGAUCAGAUUGUUUUCUACUAAUCAAAAAAGUCUGAUAACAAAAAUAUUUAGUAAAAAAUUGUGGACACGUUUGUAAUAGUGUUUUAUUUUUUUUUCCAUUAUCUCUAAUUUGUAUUAUCUAGGGUCUAUGAUAACCAUACACACCUGUUUAAUAUAAAAUAUAUUUUUUUCUCAUCCAA